AAACAAAGUGUUGCCUCAAGCAUCACUGGGGCAACAGCUUCUAACGUUUCCAUUAUCAAAAGAAUUUGGUGACGUCACCAGGAGAGAACACUCCUCAACAGAAGGAUACCACACCCUACCUGAGCUGGUAUUUUCUUUUCCUACCAUUCCUCUUUACAUUAUCAAAACUAAAGGAAGGAAUGCAGUAUAAAAAAGAAACACUGUUGCUAAUUCUGCUUGCUAUAUUGCUAGCACUAACUCAGCGCUACUCCAGGUGAUCUGGAAAAUAUUAUGACACUUCGUUUUGGCCUCCAUGGUUCCUCGUAAGAAACUUACUUGUUGAAUGUCUGUCUUCGACAGGAGAGAUCAUCUGGAAGAACCUCAGCUCGAGUCUUGGUUUAAUCCAAAAAAACGUCCUGAUGUUAUAGCAACAACUGGUUGGCUCGCUCCAGUCUUAUGGGAAGGAACUUAUGACAGAGAAGUUCUAGAACAAUAUUAUAAGAGACUGAACAUCACCGUAGGCUUGGCUGUCUUUGCUACUGGAAACUUUUCAAGUGAGUCCCUGAGACGCUUCAUAAAAUCUGCCAAUAAGUACUUCAUGGUUGGCUACAAUGUUAUUUUCUACAUCUUGGCUGAUGGCACGAGCAAUCUACCAUACCUUGAGUUGGGUCCUCUUCGGACACUUAAAAUGUGGAGGCUCUCUGGAGAAGAGAUGACUUAUGAAGACAGUAAUCUCAGGAACAUGAAUAACAUGCGAUACAAAAUCAUGGAACAUAUUCAAUAUGAAGUCAACUUUCUCUUCGUGAUGACUGCGAACCAGAUCAUCAAGAACCACUUUGGAGUAGAAACCUUGGGCAGAUCUGUAGCUCAACUCCAUGCAUGGUGGUAUUUCAAACAGCCCAGAGAGUUCCCUUAUGAGAGAAGAAGGAAAGCCUCAGCUUUCAUUGCCUUCGAAGAGGGAGAUUUCUAUUACCACAGUGCCAUUGUUGGUGGCACGCCCCUAGAUGUCUUAGAUCUCAUCGAACACUAUAUAAAGGGAAUUAUAGAUGACAGGACAAAUGAACUUUCUAGCACGUAUGAAAGACACCUAAAUAAAUAUUUUUUUAUCAAAAAACCCGUUAGGGUGUUAUCACCAGAGUACAACUGGGAUCCAAGAUUUAAAACUCCUCCAGAAAUCUGGCAUAUUAAGGUAGCAUGGCAACCACGAAUCACUUAACGGUUGUGCCGUGGGGUUUGUGAAAUCGCAAGUAAAUAGCAGGGUAUUCUUCAAAAAUAAAACUUUGGGAAACGUACAAAAGUAUAUAAUCUUUCAGAAUAAAUUGUCUUUGAAAUUAUAAUUCUCCUUAGUCUGAAUAGAAGUAAACAGAUAAGUAUUA